UUUCGCGCCAGGUCCAUUUCAUCAUUUCUGCACGAGCAGCUACGCACGAACCCUCGGAAUCCGUACAAACUGGAACCAUGGCUGAGACUGCUGCCCCCGAGACGCCCGCACCGGCUGCUGCCGUAAAGGAAUUCACGCUGGAGGACGUUGCCUCGCACAACACGGCGGAGGACUGCUGGAUGGUUAUUCGCGAUGACGGCAUCCGCAAGGUGUAUGACGUGACGGCCUUCCUCGACGAUCACCCCGGUGGCCCGGAGAUUAUGGUGGACGUGGCUGGCCAGGACGCCACCGACGAGUUCGAGGACAUCGGCCACUCGAAUGACGCCCGUAAUCAGCUGAAGCAGUUCGAGAUCGGCAAGAUCAAGGGCGACGUCAAGAAGGAGGCAGCCGCCAAGACCAGCGCCGGCGGCUCUAAGGUCUCGGCUAGCGGUCGACAGGACAUCAGCGGUGACAACGGCCCGCUAUACGCCGUGCUGGCGGCUGUGGUGGCCUUCGCCGCGCUCUACUUCAAGUACCAGUAAGCGGCAGGGCGGUCGCGAAGCGCAGGACAAGAGAAUGGGUGGCUGGCAGGGCGCCGUGCCGAUGUCGAACAACUCGUGGCCGGAAUAAACUAUCAUUACAUAUAAGGACUUUUUGGCUUUGCAAUACUGGACACGAUGGAGUUCCUGGGGUGUGUGUUGCACUGCGAAUUGACCAAUGUAGCCAUCUGAGUGUUGUCCUCUGGUUGAAGAGAGAAACGCAGGGCAACGGAACAGCAGCGCGGUAAUGCAUUGGCACGGGGUUAUAUUGUCUGUCGCGCCUUGUACGCUCUAACCUCCGCUUGACAGGUAACUUAAGACUGACUGGAAGACGCCCCGGAGCUUGGAGCGUUCUUGGCAGCAUACAAUUUGUUCCACUGCGACUG